AUGGGUCAUGCUGAUGGUUCUGUCAUGCAAACGUUUGAGUAUCUUAAGCAAAAUAGUCUAGAGGGCCUCAAAACCAUCUGGCCAACACCAUCCCUCAUUGCAUGGAAAAAUCAUUUGACACUGAUAACUUACCUUGGUCUCUGGUGGUUUGGGAUAUUCAAUCCCGCAAUUGUGUAUGACCAUCUUGGAGAAAUCUAUUCAGCCCUUGUAACAGGAAGCCUUGUCUUCUGCGUCUUCUUGUAUAUAAAGGGGCAUUUGGCACCUUCAUCUUCUGAUUCUGGGUCCUCUGGGAAUGUGAUUAUUGACUUCUAUUGGGGAAUGGAAUUAUAUCCCCGAAUUGGUAAACAUUUUGAUAUCAAAGUUUUCACAAACUGCCGCUUUUGGUAUGAUGUCUUGGGCAGUUUUGGGUUUAACAUAUUGCAUCAAACAGUAUAUGAAAAGAAUCGCAUUUGA